AUGGGCGGUGUUGGGAAAACCACUCUAGCUAGACAAAUUUUUCAUCAUGAGACGGUGCGGCGUCAUUUCAGUGGAUUCGCUUUGAGCCUUAGGCCGAAAAAUGAGGAACAGAGGAUUUUGGAGAUGACAGUGUCUGGACUCCAAGAUGAGCUGUUUAAGCUACUUGAAACCGAGAAAUGUUUGAUUGUCCUUGAUGACAUGUGGAGCAGUGCAGCUUGGGAGCUUAUACACUGGUUUCUUUACCUUGCCCAUUUCCCGGAAGAUUAUGAGAUACAAACAGACACAUUGUUCAAUUACUGGGUCGCAGAAGGAAUAGUGGCGGUGCAUAAUGAAGAGACUACUAUUGUAGAUGUAGCUGAGGAUUAUUUGGAGGAGUUGGUUAAAAGGAGUAUGGUAUUAGUGGGGAAGAGGAACACUGUGACAUCAAGAAUUGAAUCUUGUCGUCUGCAUGACACUGUUAGAGAAGUCUGUUUAUUUAAAGCCAAAGAAGAGAAUUUCAUACAAUUUUUCAAUGCUCAGAGCCUUGUCACGAAUGCUACUAACGCUCCAUCACCUGCUGUAUCCACCAACAGAUCACGCAGACUCGCUAGAUUUACGAGACAAGUGGUUCACAUACCAAAUGUCUUAAAGAAGAUGAAGAACCUGAAAUAUCUUAUGUUACCUGACGAACUAACCAAUAAAACAAAGUUGGAACUAAGUGGUUUACGGAAGUUGGAGACCCUCAAGAACUUCUCACUACAUCACAGUAGCGCUAAAGAUCUCAUUGAUAUGACCAAACUCAGAACGUUGUGGAUCUGUUGUGCCUCCGUUAACCCUGAAGAGGAAGUUUUACCUUUGUCGCUCGGUGCAUCACUGAAACAGUUGGAGGAGUUGAUGUUAUACAACAAAAGAAACGGCCAGGCCCAAGCCGUGAAGAUUGAUGCAGGAGCCUUUGUUUCAGGUUUUGUAAAACUCAACCAGUUAGGUUUAGAUAUAAAGAUAUAUAAAUUACGUAAUGAACUUCAAUUCCCUUCCUGGAUUAGACCACAAGACAAGGUUAGAAGUUUAAAAUUAUACCUAAUGUAA